ACUGUUAGUUCUAACGUAUAAGCGAUACGAAGAAGAAGAUCGACGAGUGUGAAGGAAGAUCGCUGAUGGCCUCACGCAGAGAGAUAUUAAGCAUUUCUGGUCCCCCUCCAAUUCCAGUAUUUGAAUGGAACAAUUUGUACCACCGAGCGUCAUUGAUAUCAUGUUUGGUGCAAGGAGUCUACACAAUGGAACGACACAGACAACAAAACCGUUAUGGUUCCAACUCAGUGGCUAGUCCUUGGUGGAUGUUUUACAAUUUCACGUUAAUUCAACAACUUAGGGACUCAUCUGACGGCUCCAUAUACGGUGCCGUUUUCCAGAACAACAUCACUUACCAUAAUACCCCCAACUCGAUAGUACCUCCGCGUUACGUGAUUGCAUUACGUGGAACGAUCCUAACACUACAAACUAUGGCUUGUGAUGUGAAACUUAACAUGCGUUUCGCCUUCGAGAACCUCCACCGCGGGGGCAGGUUUGUACAAGCCAUUCAAGCAAUCCAAAAUCUGGUGACCACUUUUGGAAACAGAGCUGUCUGGAUCGCUGGACACUCUCUAGGAGCUGGCCUGGCACAACUCGCGGGGAAGAUCAUGGCUAUGUACGGAUGCCCCGUCGAAGCUUACACGUUUAACCCGCCUAUCUCCUUGAUUCCUCUAGAGCAGCUAGUUGAGAGUGAGGAUCUUAAAUGUGCGGUCAGACUCAUCAGAGAUAUCGCCAAAGCCGGCAUAGCCAGAGUCCUAGACCUAAAUGAGGGUCAAGGAAGCCAUCUAUUUAUGAAUUUAGCUUCCUGGAGACCUCAUUUGUUUGUGAACCAAUCAGAUCCAAUCUGCUCAGAAUAUAUUGGUUAUUUCAAUCACAGAGACGAUAUGGGUGAGCUGCAACUCGGCAGGAUCGAGAGGUUGGCUAGAUACUCGAUUAGGAGAAUAUUGUUCGGAGGGGGAGGAGAAAGUUCGUCGUCGUCGUAUUCUUCGGAAGAGCAUCUCCAUUUUCUUCCGUCUGCCUUUGUGAUGGUGAACACAUUCAUAUCACCGGAUUUUCAGACAGAUCAUGGGAUUCAUCAAUGGUGGAAUCCUUUGCUCGGACAUUAUUCAUACCAAUUUAAUGUAUGAUUUGGGCUUUCAUUGCUUUAGUUAUGUUCUUGUCAGCUGAAUCUUCUAUACAAAUUAAAACAUUGUAGGGGAUUUUUGGUUGCAUGUCAUGUCAGACUUUUUUUUUAAACAGAUAUUUGGCAUUUUAGUAGGUUUCCCAAACGUAGGCCUCCAAUGGUAAAAGCUAGGGUUGGGAAUCCGAACCGAACCCGAUUUUUCCGAACCGAACCGAACCGAAAUUUGGACAAAUCAGUUCGGUUAUUGUCGUGAUUGUUAUCCGAUCGGAAAGGAAAAAAACAAUUUCGGUUUUGUAUUCGGUUCGGUUCAGAAAGGGUAAACCGACGGGUAACCGAAAAUUAAACCUACCUAUAUAAACUAUGUACACCGGUUUAAUUAGUUCUAACCUAAUCCUAAAACCUAAAAAACUUUUGCUCU